AUGGACCCUGAUUAUUUCAAAUCUUACGACAUGUGCUGGGGCACCCUUGGAACCGUGCGACCCUUCAACAAUUUCCACCCUGACAGAGACGUUCACGAGAUCCGGGCAGCGCUGGAGACCAAAGAUGCAGGGACCCUGGUGAGAAUCCUGACCAAUCGGAGCAACGCCCAGAGACAAGAGGUCGUCAAAACCUUUCGAGAGACGACACGGAAGGAGCUGGAUGCUGCUUUGAAGAAAGCUCUGUCUGGAGAGGUUGAGGUUCUGCUGCUGGACCUGCUGAUGCCACCUCUGCAGUAUGAGGCGCAUCGCCUGCAAAAGGCCAUGGAGGGUUUAGGCACAGAUGAGGAGACACUAUUGGAGAUCCUGUGCACACGAUCUGGAAAGCAGCUUCAGGAAAUCAGCGUGCAGUACAAAGAGAUGUACAAGAAGGACCUGGAGAAGGAACUGAAGGGAGAAACGAGUGGAGACUUUGCUAAGCUUGUAAUAGCUUUGCUUGAAAAAGAAGAUGUUCCCAGUAGUGUUCAAAGAGAUGUCCAGUCUCUGAUAGCAUCACUAAAUGGGAAAAAAGCCGAUGUGGAACCUUGGAUCAGCAUCCUGACGUCCAGAGACACAGACCAUCUCAACAAUGUGUUCAUGGGACUGGAGCUGGAGACCGGACAGACGGUGGAGGAGCUGGUAGAGAAGAGAUUCUCUGGAGAGGUGCAACAGGGUUUGAAGGUUUUAGUGGAGUGCAUUGAGAGCCCUUAUGCCUACCUCGCUGGGAGAAUAGCCACCAUGAAGCCGUCGAUAGUUCAGGGGCUCAUGGUGUCUCACUCUGAGGAAGAUCUGCUCUUUAUCCGAACCGCCUUCCUUAAAUUAACAGGCACUUCUCUCUACACUGCUCUACAGAAACAGUUCAAAGGAGAUCACCUACAGGCUCUGCUCGCCGUCUGCCGAUCUGAGGAUUAA